AUGUGGAAUGGAAACAACUGGGCCAUGUCUUGUGACUUUCAUGGCAAUGAUCUUGCAAAUGUUCAAAUUAAACCGGAACUUUGCGGUGGAAAAUGUUCAGCAACACCACGCUGUACUCAUUUUACUUGGACGCAAUGGAAUGGUGGUACUUGUUGGAUGAAAAAGGGUCCGGUUUCUAAAGCCAAUGCGUUUUCAACUAAUGAUCUGACUAUGGUCUGUGGUGUAACGAAUAAUAAUCCAACCGGACCACCCAUAUCAGGGUAA